AUGACCGCUCAUAACAGGAUCCACGGCGGUACUGUCGUCGAAAUGCAGGGCGACGAAAUGACUCGCAUCAUUUGGGAUGUCAUCAGAGACAAGCUCAUCCUCCCCUACGUCAACCUUGACAUCAAGUUCUUUGACCUCGGAAUCGAGCACCGUGACAAGACCGAUGACCAAGUCACGAUCGAUGCCGCCGAGGCGAUCAAGAGGUACAAAGUCGGCAUCAAGUGCGCUACCAUUACCCCGGAUGAGGCCCGUGUCGAGGAGUUCAAGCUGAAGCAGAUGUGGAAGUCGCCCAACGGCACGAUCCGCAACAUCCUCGGCGGUACUGUGUUCCGUGAACCUAUUCUUUGCAAAAACAUUCCCAGACUGGUUCCUGGCUGGACUCAGCCCAUCAUCUUGGGACGCCACGCCUUCGGCGAUCAGUACAAGGCUACGGACUUGGUCGUCAAUGGCCCCGGCCGCUUGGAACUCGUGUUCACGCCAAAAGAUGGUUCGGAGAAGAAGAGCUAUGUUGUAUACGACUUUGAGGGCCCUGGUGUGGCCAUGGGCAUGUACAACCACGACGAGUCGAUCAAAGGAUUCGCGCACUCCUGCUUCAAGGUCGCCCUGGACAAGAACUACCCUCUGUACAUGUCAACAAAGAACACCAUCCUCAAAAAGUACGAUGGCCGAUUCAAGGACAUCUUCCAAGAAAUCUAUGAACGGGACUACAAGGCACAAUUCGAGGCCAAAAAGAUCUGGUACGAGCACCGCCUGAUUGACGAUAUGGUCGCACAGAUGCUCAAGUCUUCUGGAGGCUUCGUUUGGGCCUGCAAGAACUAUGAUGGUGAUGUGCAGUCAGAUAUCGUAGCCCAGGGAUACGGGUCCCUCGGCUUGAUGACCUCGGUUCUUUUAACGCCCGACGGUCAGUGCUGCGAGGCCGAGGCUGCCCACGGAACGGUGACACGCCACUAUCGCGAGCACCAACGCGGCCGUGAGACGUCGACCAACCCAAUUGCGUCCAUCUUUGCCUGGACCCGGGGUCUCGAGUUCCGUGCCAAGCUGGAUAACAACGCGGCACUGCGGGACUUUGCUCAGCAGCUUGAGUGCGUCUGUAUCGAUACCAUUGAAGCCGGAGAGAUGACCAAGGAUCUGGCGCUGAUUAUCCAUGGCAAGGACCUGAAGCGUGGACACUAUCUCAACACGUUCGAGUUCUUGGAUCGUCUCGCAGAGAACCUGCAAAAGAAGCGCGGCCUCAAGCCCUCCCUGUAG